AUGUUUGCCGUGCGCAUCGUCACCGCAGACUAUUACCUGGCAAGACCCAUUAAAGACCUGGAUGUCUGCUACUCUGAAUUCAGGGAGAGCGACGUGAAGAAAGUGCCGGUGGUGCGGAUAUUUGGAGCAACACCCGCAGGUCAGAAGACAUGCCUCCACCUCCACGGCGUGUUCCCUUACAUCUACGUGCCGUACGACGGCCAUGGGCAGCAGCCGGAGCGCUACCUGCGGCAGGUGGCCUUCAGCAUCGACAGGGCCCUCAACGUUGCCAUGGGAAACCCCGCCUCCAGCACCCAGCACGUCUUCAAAGUGGUGCUGGUCUCCGGCAUGCCUUUCUACGGCUACCACAACAAGGAGAAGCACUUUAUGAAGAUUUAUCUGUUCAAUCCUCAGAUGGUCAAAAGGGUGUGUGAGCUGCUGCAGAGCGGAGCAGUGAUGAGCAAGAGCUACCAGCCCCACGAGGGCCACAUCCCCUACCUGCUGCAGCUCUUCAUAGACUACAACCUGUACGGCAUGAACCUGGUCAACCUGGGAGCCGUCAAGUUCCGCAGGAGCCAGAGCAAAGAAGUCCCAGACAGGCAGACUCCCAGUCGUCCCAGCAUCAGCCCCUGGAAGAGUCCCUGCACCUCCAAGCUCAACGACAGCAGCCUGGGGGGUACGUUCGUCCGCUGGGAGGAGAACGCCAUACCCUGCUCCUUAGUUCUGGAUGACGUGGCGAAGCAGAGCACCUGUGAGCUGGAGGUCGACGCCGUGGCAGUAGAUAUCCUCAACCGCCUGGAAAUUGAAAAUCAGAUUGGCAGGAACCCAGGCCUGCAGGCCAUCUGGGAGGACGAGAAGCAGAGGAGGAGGGAGAAGAACCAGGCCACCCAGAUAGAAACCCCCGAGUCACAAGAUCGCGAGUUCGUCACUGUGACGGAGAGCGAGAAAAUCUUCAUGAAGAGAUUCAAGGAGAUUCUGAAGGAGAACGAGUUUGACGUAACACAAGCUUCGUCUGUGGGCGACGAGGAGGACGACCACGAGGAUUUACCCGGUGACCUCACUCUCCAUUCUGACCCCCUGACCCCAGAGGGGCCGCUGUGCACUCCUGCCAACGCUGUGGAGGUGCACAGGGACUCGCAGCCAGACUCUGUGAGGAACAGCGGUAAAAUCCCGGAGGAGGCUGUGGUUGAUGAGGAGGCCAUCUUGAGUCUCCUGGAGAACAGUCAGACCUUCCUCCCGCUCUCCCAAACAUCCAACCACUCACCUCUGUUAGACAGCAGCCAAGACCACGCCAUCAUUGAUUUGCUGGCCGGCCUGGAGGACGAUGGUUUCUGCAGGACCACCGUUGGGCAGAGUUCCCAGCCCCAGUCUCUUCCCGGCGCCAGGAGCUACCACUGCAACAGUGACGAGGAGGAGGCGGAGCCGGAGCUGGACAGAGCGGAGGCAGAGCUCAGCGUGAUAAUGUCACAGCGGUGGGACAACGAGGCUCCUCAGAGGUCGUCCUUACAGAGGCACGCAGAGGACGGCUUCAGCGAGGAGCAGCAGGAGUCCUCUGAUGAGGACAUGGAGUGGAGUGGGAAUAACUCUCUCUUCGCCAACCUGUCCAUCCCCCAGCUCGACGGGGCGGCGGACGAGAACAGCGAUUCCUCGUUAACGGACAGCAGCUCCAGGACCCAGUCUUCUCUCAUAGUCGCAGAAAAGAUGCUUGGAAAGAGGAACCCCUUCCCCGGGGAGACGGUUCACCUGGAGCCCCCCUCCUCGGCCAAGACCCUUCUGGAGUACAAGCACCCGGAGCACAGACCGGUUCAUGUGCUGGACACGGAGCAGCCGCUCGACAAGCACUUUCAAUUAAAAAGCAGCCAGGACAGCAGCAGUGAAUGUUCAACGGGGUUCAGGGUUAAUAAAGAAAUCCCCUACAUCCCGCCGGUCAAACACCCCAUCCCCUGCAAAAUAGCCAACCACCCCGAGGCGUCGCCCUGUGUAAACAAAGAGGAUAUCCAGCCCCUGUACACCUAUGACAAGAAAACCUCUAUAGCCUUGGAUAAGACAGAAUUAGAAAGUUUCCCGUUUGGUAACGGACAAGUCACCAAAAGCAGGAAGAAGUACAGCAGCAUAAAGAAUGUAGAAACAAACUGUCUGUCCAUUCUCCAGAACCACAGGACCUUCUCUCUCUGUUACUCCGAGCUGAGGAACUGCUCGGCCAAGACGGAGCUGGAGCUGAGCCAGAAGGACGGUAAAAGCCCCAUCCUGAGGAACAUGUCGUCCGCCCCGUCUCCCAUGGAGGAGGGGGAGUUCCUCGAUCCGCAGGAGGAAGAGAUGGGCCAGGACAGCGAGGAGGGUGACGUCGGCGAACUCAAAAUCAGGUACGAGGACUAUCAGGAAAAUAAGACGGAGAAGACUAUCGUGGCCCAGCAGGAAGCGCACUACAAGUUCUUUCCCAGCGUCAUCCUCUCUAACUGCCUCAGCCGGAAAAAAGCUGGCAGCAAGAAGCUAACGGAUUCGUGCAGCAAGUCGGUGGAAGCCCAGCCUCGCAGGUCCAGGCUAAAAGUGAAUAAAAGAAGGUUAGGGAUGACGGGACAGAGGAACAAAUUAAACACAGUUGAAAGCUCUACCUCUGACAGCUUCACCUCAAUCACCGCUGCUGUGGACGCAGAGAUGCCACCUUCAGACGAAAGGGCCGAAGAGGCAGAGCCGGUUCAGGAUGAGCCCGUCACAGAGGGACAGACGGCGGCACAGGAGGAGCCAGAACUGGAGGACGGGUUUGAAAGUGAAAGGACAGAGCCAGAGGCUCCCGAGCCCGCUCUCUCCAACUCCACCUCCACCGCCGUUUCCUGUCUUUCCGAAGAAGCUACAGACACGGCGGAGGACAGGUUAAGCCCGCUGCAAGAUUUAUCCGCUAAAGUCACCUGCACCAAACCUUCAGCUCUGCCCGGGAGUAAAUACACCCUGAGGGCCAAACGGAAAAUGAUCUACGACGGCGAGGACGGAGAACACUCGGGUGCCGCUCGUUCAAAAAACCCAGCCGCCGUCAAGGACAGCGGCAAGGUCAAGGACAGCGGUGUCCUCGGCGUGCAGGAGGCAAAGUACCAGAAACGGCGCAAGAAAGAACCCCCCAUCAUCAUCAAGUACAUUAUUAUCAACAGGUUCAAAGGACAGAAGAACAUGCUGGUGAAGAUGUCCAAGGUGAACGCCGAGGAGCCGCUGGUGCUGCUGACGCCGGGGAAACUGGAUCUGUACAAUAAACUGGCUCCUCUGAAGGAUUUCUGGCCCAAAGUGCCGGAAUCCACUGCGGUCAGGUUCCCCGUCGCCGAGCCCAAGGCCAAGAAACACCCCAAACGAAAGGCAAAGGUCAACGCCACCAAUAAGAAGACGGCCGGCAACGUCUCCAGACCUCGAGUCAGGCAGGGCGAAGGGGUCAGAAGGACUAAAGGCUGUCAGAGAGGUCCGAUCCUCCCCUCUCUACCGCCCCCUCGCCCGUGUUACUGUGAGCUAGCCGAUGACCAUGACGUUGAGUAUACGGAUGUCAUGGUGGAGUUGGGAUACCUCUCCGAUCGAUCUCCGAGCCCCACGGACUUGACGCCCCCCCGUUGUUGGUCCCCAAGCGACCCUCUUAUGGACGGCUCUGAACAGCUGAUAAACCCGCUCAGCGACCCGUGUCUUAGCUCCGCUUUUCACAAGCCGCGCGCUGCGUCUUCAACCACUGGAGCGCGAAACAAGCGUCAAACUGCCCGCUGUAAGAAACCUGCAGAGAGUAGAAGGAAAGUAAACAAGUCGGCCACCAAGCCUCCAGAGGAAGGAGAGCCCAGAGCGGCUGCUGCGAGGCAGAGGAAGAAAGCUAAAGGUGCGGCCGAAGGUCCUAGCAACAGUCCCGCAACCGCAACCAAACCGAAGAGGACUCGCAAAAAGAAGACAGCAGAACCCAAAAGCCUCGAGUCGAGUAAAGACGGCUCUCAGCUCCUCUUCCCAGAGGAAGAGCCGCCUCCUUCUGAGAGCUCCUCUCAGGAGUUGCCUCCAUUUCAGCGGGCGGUCAGCACAGACGGCGACAGCCAGGGCGCCGUCCAGACUGCACCCACACCAGACUCCAGCUCAGACGCCCGGUCCGUAGAGCCAAAGGUGGAGGACUGUGAGACUUCAAUCAUGGAGGUCAACCGAAGCCUCUCACCUCAUGUGAAGCAGCAAAGCUGCCAGACCACUGUGGUGAAGGCGGAGGCGUCACAGGAGGAGUGCGCGGCUCCUCCGCCUCCCCUGGCUGGUCGACUCUUACUGGAAGACGGUAAAGAAGCCUCCCCACACUCAGGCCCUAAGAACGGGGAGAUCCCCGCUCUGUGUGACACCCCCUCCGGCUUGACUGUCCUCAAGCAGCUUCUCCAGAAGAGGCAGCAGGGACAGACGCUUCCCCGACAAGUGGUCGGUGCACACAGCCACUCCACUGCUGUGGCUCAGGCCGCAGCGCUGCUAGAUCCUACAGCUAAACCAGCCAAAUCCAGAAAAGCUCCCUCCACCUCUCAGCGUAAACCCAGGGCGCCGAAACCUGCCACCCCCAAGAGUAAAAAGCCCCGAAUCAGGAAAGGCAAGACGAGCGGCACUCAGCCAGAUCCGACAGUGAAGCAGGAGGGCAACGUGUCGGACGACUGCCCCCUCUUUCUGUCAGACCCGGGCCUGGACGCUUGUAACUUCAUAGAGGACAGCUUGUCCCCGGAGCUCCCGCACAACUACACGUUCGAUAUCAACGCUAUUGAUCAGACGGAGUUCUCCAGCCCGUACAGCGGCAGCCAGUUUGUCCUGACUGAUAAAAAUUUACCGGUCAAGUUCCUGAGUGACGUGAGCCAGGAGGCCGUGUGCGCUCAGAGCCUGGGCUUCGAGAAGAAACUGGACAGGCUGUUUGUCUGUGGGGAGGAGCUUCAAAGGGGCUCAGACUGGCACAAAGCGAGGCCGGCGAGCCCCGACCUCUUCGACAGACCCGAGAACAAGGAGUCCGCGACGAAUCACCUCACGUUCCUCGACUCUGAGCGAAUCAAGAGCAGAGAGUGGGACCUCUCUUUAUGUAAAGCCCACAGCCUCAGCCCCUUUCAAGACUUUCACUGUGAGAGAAAAGAGCUGCUGUUUUCCGUCUUCGAGCCCGUCCUGCCGCUGCCUUUAAGCUCCGCCUCCUUCGUCGACCACGAGGGCUCACCGACGGGGGAUCUCCUGGAGGGCAUGGAUGGACUGACGUCCACCACGCCCAGUAGCUCCCCCCGCUCCGUCGGCUCGCUAUCCCAGGUGAGGGCGAGCCAGCUGCUGCGGGGGACGGGAGGCGGAGCCCACGUCCUCAAGCCCCUCAUGUCCCCUCCGAGUCGGGAGGAGAUCCUCAACACUCUGCUGGACCUGGAGAUGUCGGAGGCGACCUUCCAAGAGCCCUUCUGCAGCGACCCCUCCGACGCCCCGGGGAAACCAAUGGAGGUUGGCGGCCGUAAGCUAACGGUGGGCACCAGACUGACGAAGGAGCUAGCAGAGUUCAGCGGAGAGCUCUCUUUGGAGGGCCUCUGCUUCUGGAAGACGGCUUUCUCCGCCAUGACGCACCCCGCCGCCAAUAUUACCUCAUGUUCCCAAGCGCAGGGAGCCUCGGAGGCGAGCAAAGAGCCGGCCCGACGCGACCCGUCCUCAGCCGGCGACAAGAAGGUCAUUCUUCUGCCCUGCAAAAACCCACCGAGCCGAGAGCGCGUCAGUCUGUGGCUGGAGGCCAGGAAACAGUACGAGUGUCUGCAGAAGUGGAGGAGAGACACGGGGCUGCUGAAGAACAACGGGAGGGCUGGGUUGGAUUUUGAGGAGGAGAACCCGGAGAGAAGCGCGCAGCCAUCGGUGAAGGUGGAGCUGUGCGGGAACCUCUCCGGUGUCAGGCCUCAGAGGAGGAAGAAGCGGAGUCUGUCCUUAAUCAUAUCUCCUCUGAAGAACACAGGCUCUCACAGUAAAUCCUCACAGGUGAGUCCAGUCUCAGAUGAAGGAGCUGUGGAUCUUGAGCAGGAGGAACAAGGCAAAGGUGAUGAUGGUGAUGAUGAUGAUGAUGAUGAUAAAACCACCUCUCCAGAGUCCCCCGAGCUGCCUCCGUGGCAGCAGUCCUGUCAGCCCAGCCCCUCAGGCCCAGACCAGCUCGGCUCAAACAGGCAGAGUGAAAUCUCUCCAGAACCGCCGUCACCUCGGCUCUCUAACUCCCUGGAGCGGCUCGGAGAGAACCGCAGUCCCUCGCGCCUCCGUGUCAGCAGUAACAGGGAAGAUGGCAGGAGUAGUCCCCAUCUCCUUCACAGCACCCCCUUCUCGAGGAGGAGGCGGAGGAGCAAGGAAGACGUGGAGCCCGUGUGCAGCACGCCCAUCUCCGAGGAGAGUCACGGCUCUCAGAGACUUCACUGGAGGAGGACGAGUCAGGCGGACCCGCUGAGGAGAGUGUUACUGACCACACAGAUAAAGAACCAGUUUGCUGCUCUGAACGUGCCAAAGAAAGAAAACUCUCAGAUCGAAGGGCCCAGCAUAGCCAACUCUUACGGCUUCAAAGUCAGCAUGCAGAACUUACAGGAAGCCAAAGCUCUGCAUGAGGUCCAGUACCUAACCCUGAUGGGCAUGGAGCUCCAUGCAAGAACUCGCCGUGACCUGGAGCCUGACCCCGAGUUCGACCCCAUAUGUGCCUUAUUCUACUGCCUCAGCUCUGACGCCCCCUUGCCUGAUGUAGACGGCACACAGCUGACCGGUGCCAUUGUGGUGGACAAAGACUAUCAAAGCGGAGACGAAGGUGACAGAGGAACAGCGCCCCUGCUGGUCAGGUCGGGCGUCUCUGGGCUGCAGGUGAAAUGUGCCACUGAUGAGAAGAUGCUGUUCCAGGAGCUGAUCAGCAUCAUGAGGAGGUUCGACCCAGACAUCCUGUUAGGAUACGAGGUGCAGAUGCGAUCCUGGGGCUACCUGCUGCAGCGCGCCGCCGUGCUCGGAGUGGACCUGUGUCAGCAGCUGUCACGAGUGCCAGGUGACUCCAGAGAGAACCGCUUCGGCGCAGACACGGACGAGUACGGAGCCGACACCAUGACGGAGAUCCACGUCGUCGGACGCGUCACCAUCAAUCUGUGGAGGGUGAUGAAGACUGAGGUGACUUUGAACAACUACAGCUUUGAGAACGUGGCGUUCCACGUGCUGCACCAGCGUUUCCCGCUCUACAGUCCCCGCACGCUGUCCGACUGGUUUGACCACAGCACACACUUAUACAGGUGGAAGACGGUCGACCACUACGUGAGCCGAGUGUGUGGCACCAUGCAGCUUCUGCAGCAGCACGACAUCAUCGGCAGAACCAGCGAGCUGGCCAGACUGUUCGGGAUUCAGUUCUUCCACGUUCUGACCCGAGGAUCACAGUACCGCGUCGAGUCCAUGAUGCUGCGUGUGGCCAAGCCUCUGAACUACAUCCCCGUGACGCCCAGCGUCCAGCAGCGAGCCCAGCAGAGGGCGCCGCAGUGCCUCCCGCUGGUCAUGGAGCCCGAGUCACGCUUCUACAGCAACUCACUGGUCGUACUGGACUUCCAGUCGCUCUACCCCUCCAUCGUCAUCGCGUACAACUACUGCUACUCCACCUGCCUCGGCCACAUGGACAGCCUCGGCACGCCUGACGAGUUUAAGUUCGGCUGCACCUCCCUGCGGGUUCCUCCCGAGCUCCUCUACCAGCUCCGCAACGACAUCACCGUGUCACCCAACGGCAUCGCCUUCGUCAAGGCCUCAGUGCGUAAAGGAGUCCUGCCCAGCAUGCUGGAGGAAAUCCUCAGCACCAGGAUCAUGGUGAAGCAGUCCAUGAAGACCUACAAGCAGGACAAAGCCCUCAUGAAGCUGCUGGACGCCCGACAGCUGGGACUCAAGCUCAUCGCCAACGUCACCUUCGGCUACGCUGCAGCCAACUACUCCGGACGCAUGCCCAGCGUGGAGGUCGGAGACAGCAUCGUCCACAAAGCCAGAGAGACCCUGGAGAGAGCCAUCAAGCUGGUCAAUGACACCAAGAAGUGGGGGGCGCGCGUCGUGUACGGCGACACCGACAGCAUGUUUGUUCUGCUGAAAGGAGCCACCAAAGAGCAGGCGUUCAAGAUCGGCAACGAGAUCGCUGAGGCAGUGACUGCAACCAACCCCAAACCUGUCAAGCUCAAGUUUGAGAAGGUGUACCUGCCCUGCGUGCUGCAGACAAAGAAGCGUUACGUGGGAUACAUGUAUGAAAGCCUUGACCAAAAGGAACCCGUGUUUGACGCCAAAGGGAUCGAGACGGUGCGCCGCGACGGCUGCCCCGCUGUUUCCAAGAUCCUGGAGCGUUCCAUUAAGCUGCUGUUUGAGACGCGGGACAUCAGCCAGGUGAAGCAGUUCGUGCAGCGUCAGUGUGUGAAGGUUCUGGACGGUCGGGCCAGCAUGCAGGACCUGACCUUCGCUAAGGAGUACAGAGGCAGCGGCUCGUACCGGCCCGGAGCCUGCGUCCCCGCACUGGAGCUCACCAGGCGUAUGAUGGCGUACGACCGGCGCCUGGAGCCACGCGUGGGCGAGCGGGUUCCCUACGUGGUCGUGUACGGGCUGCCCGGCGUCCCCCUCAUCCAGCUGGUGCGUCGGCCCAUGGAGGUUCUACAGGAACCCGCCCUCCGGCUCAACGCCACCUACUAUGUCACCAAGCAGAUCCUGCCGCCGCUGGCCCGCAUGUUCCAGCUGAUCGGGGUGGACGUGUUCAGCUGGUACCAGGAGCUCCCCCGGAUCCAGAAAGCGUCCUGCUCCUCCGGGGGGGAGGAAGUGGGCAGGAAGGGAACCAUCUCCCAGUACUUCACCACGCUCCACUGCCCCGUGUGCGACGAGCUGACCCAGCUGGGCGUGUGCUCGCGGUGUCGCGCCGAACCUCAGAGAGUCGCCGUCACACUCUACCAGGACAUGAGACAGUGGGAGAGUCAGCAGGACCAGCUGCUGAAGAUCUGCAGGAACUGCAGUGGCUGUGCCGAGCGGCAGGUUCCCUGUGUGUCCCUGGACUGUCCCGUCCUCUACAAGCUGGCCCGGGUCAACAGACAGCUCUGCAAGGCCCCCUACCUCCGACAGCUGCUGGAGCAGUUCUGAUUGGCUCCUGAACAC